CUUAGUUUCUAUUCGCCCCGCUGGAUUUUAGAAUCGAAACUUAGAAAAGAACAAACCAGCUGGCUCGAAAAGAGUCUUGAUUCUCGGCUGAAGCUGAAGCAGAGACCAGCCAGACACCCCGGACGCGGUUUACUGACUACGAUGGAGCUCUUAGCCGCUGGAAACGCAAUUUCUAAUCUCAACAAGUAUGGACAGAAACGUGGUCUGAAGGUAACUUAUGAACAUCUGAACUCCUUGGGCCCCGAUCAUAAUAAACAAUUCACCGGGAGAUUUCUUAUAGAUGGCAAGCCCUACCCUAGUGGCGUGGGAAAAAGCAAACAGGAUGCCAAGCUGAACGCAGCCCAGAAUGCAAUAAGAUGUCUUUGUGGAGACCAAGAACAAGACGCAGCAGAAUAUUCAGCAGAAACAUCUUCACCUGCUAGGGAAAAUGACAUCAACUACAUAUGUUGGCUCAAUCAAUACGGUCAAACAAACAGAGUGACUGUAAAACCAGUGGAGACGACACGGCCUGGACCCCAUAAUACAACUCCAUGGUGUAAGUUUAUAGUGGGUGACACUGAAUACACAGAAGUCUCUGGAAAAACUCCGAGAGAAGCAAAGGAGAAAGCUGCCAAGUUGGUGUACGACAUAAUAAAUAGUAGUCAACCUCCAGAGGUCAUAGAUUCCCCAGUUCAUCAAAAUCAGAUGGUCAAUAAAAACUUAACUGGUCUCAGUGAAAAAACAAAAAGCCUGAGUAUGAACACUGAAGACAACAGCUGUACGGAGUCAAAUUUUGUUGAAAUUAUCCACAACUACUGUCAGAAGAACAACCUUUGUCGUCCUGAAUUUAUACUUGUAGAAACAAGUGGGCCUCCUCAUAACCGUCGAUUUUUCUCCAAAUUAAAAAUUGGGACAAGGGAAUAUCCUGUCGCUGAGGGUAAGAAGAUCAAGGAAGCCGAACAGAAAGCAGCAAAGUUGGCCUGGUCUGCUCUUCGGGAGCAGUCAGACAAUGACAGCAAGGUGUCAGUCGGAUCAACAGCAUCUGAAGAUGAUUGUGAUGCAGCAGCAGCAUCACAAUCAGAUGCACUAAAUUUACAUGAGUCAUCAUUACACAACAUGCAAACGACUUCAAGCGAUUUAAUAACAUUUGCUGAUUCCUCAAACCCUUCCAACGCCCAGAUGCCCAGAAAAACUGGAUCUGGAGAAAAUGAACCAUCACCCAUGUCACAAGACUCCUCUGAGCCUUCACAGAGCGAGAUGACGGGCUCAUCUGAUCCUGUGGAUUCUUUGGACCAGAAUAAUGUGGACAACCAGAAAACCACAAAUAUAAGCAACCCAGCAGUGCAGUCAAGCUUCACAUCAGAUUUUGAGAUCCUUGGAUAUCUUGGUGGAGGAGGGUUCGGUCGUGUUUAUAAGGUGAAGGAAAAACUGGUGGGCCUGGAUUAUGCAGUGAAGAUCGUUCCUGGAACAGAAAAAGCUUUACGAGAGGUGAUGGUGUUAUCAGAUCUCCAACAUGAAAACAUUGUCAGAUACUACCACUCUUGGAUGGAGGAUUCAAAAGUGCAACAAGAGAGAGUCCAAAAGAAACUAAAACAUGUCACAUGUGGACAGUACCUCUUCAUUAAGAUGGAAUUAUGUGGCUCUGAAACCCUUAAACAAUGGAUUGGUGCAAAGAAUGAGGAGGAACUACCACACCCAAAGAGAAGAGAAGACAGUCUUCCUAUUGCAUUGCAAAUACUCAGUGGAGUCGAAUACAUUCACUCCAACAAAUUCAUUCACAGAGAUCUUAAGCCUCCCAACAUAAUGUUUGGAAAAAAUGGGAUUGUGAAAAUUGGGGACUUUGGUCUCGUCACUAUUGACAGAAAUGAAAUCUUGAUCGACAGAACAGAAGGACCAGGAACCAAAAUGUACAUGGCUCCUGAACAAGAAAGUAAUAGAUAUGAUCGUAAAGUGGACAUGUUUUCUCUGGGUCUGAUCUUUUUUGAACUCCUUUGGAAAAUCUCAACUGGCCACGAAAAAGCAGAGAUUUGGAAAGAUGCAAGAAACAACACGCUUCCCGAAGAGUUUACACGGGCUUUUCCCUUUGAGUAUCGAAUAAUCAAAUCUUUGCUGUCUGAGAACCCAAAAGAUCGACCUGAACCAAGUCAAGUGAAGAAACAACUGGAGGAAACAAACCAACACCUGGAUCAGCACAGUGUGUGAAUGUCAAAAGAAUGAGAGUUUGGUUGUACAGGAGGAGGAGAUGCUUUAUUUUCACAUGAUCUGUGGAGAAAGUUGUCAACAUGCAGCACUUUGGAGGAAUUUUUAGCAUUGAAACAAAAUUAUGAUUUAAAAUAUGUCUUGCAAUAAUUACAACUUAAAUAAUCAUGCUUGUUCUAAAAAACAUGAUUAGGGUCAUUUUAGCAGCCAAUUUUCUUAUUCUUUCAAAGAGAUAGAUCAUCUUUAAAAAAAACAUCUAUGGGACAACUGGAAGGAAAAACUAAAGGUGGGCUUGUUGGGUUCCCAAAAAGCAAGCUGCAUAUUUUAUUAACCUGUUACCCCUCUGAAACUUCAUUAAGUUCAGCAACAUGACGCACUUUGAUGUUUUGGAAGUUAAACAAUCAUUUAGAGGAUGCUCUUGUUUUUAAACAAUGUACAAAAAUGCAUGUAGUGAAAUUUUAGAUUUUGUUAAGUUUUUUGGUUUUAAAUUUCAUUCAUAAACCAUUUUCUUCUGUUAAUGAUUUAAGUCAAAAUCUACAGGUUUCCCAGUUUUGUUGCUUAGUACAAAACUUUGCAAACCCACACAAGGUGGAAAUAUUGGAUGGCAACGUGUUAUAUGAGAUUUUCUACAUAAUGAAACAUAUCCUCUGAGCUACCGGUGUGAUCGUAUGUAUUAUAUCUUUUGAGAUGGAAAAACGGGGCAUACAAAUAACAGAAGGCUAAUAAUUUGCUGUACCAAAAUCUGUAUCUCUGGCUAAAUCAGAUAAAUAAAGAGUUUCAAAAGAUGUAAGCUUUUCUGCAUAAUCACACCUGUUCUCUGAGCUGAUGGUAUGAGUUUCAUAUCCGUAGGAUAAUAUUUGUGGGAAAUAAACAGGGCAUGCAUGUAUCUAAUAAUUAGCUUUGCCAAAACUGCAUCCACCUCCUAACUUGCAUAAAUAAAGAGCUAAGAGGGAAAUAACUUUCACUAUACACUUAUUCUCUUAAAUGCUGGUAUGAGUUUCAUAUCAGCUAAUAAGGUUAAUAACAUGAAUAAAAUGUUAUUAACAAUCUAUUGAUGUUUAUGACAUCAAUGGAAUGUUAUUAAAAAGGAAGAGGGGACUUUUAGAAGAAAACCUGUGGCUGGAAAAGGCUUCAAAUUGAGCUGGAGGUUCAGCGGCCCUAAACAUUUCACCUCAGUUACAGUAGGUUAAGAUCAAAGCACAUUCAUGUGUUAAAAUGGCCCAGUCAAAGCCCAGACCUAAAUCCAUUCAAUAAUUCUUGGCCAUAUCUGAAAAAUGAUAUUGACAGGUGAUCGCCAUCUAAUCUAACUGAUCUUGAUACAGUUUUCAAAGCCGAAUGUUGAAAAAUGUCUGUCUCUGGAUAUACAGAACUGUUGGAGACUUUCAGCCCUCAAAAGAAUCAGCAAAUUUUUUUCAGUAUUUUUAUGUGUUUUUUCUAAAUGCUGCACAAAUGUUUGUUGGUCUUUUCCAUGUAAUACUAAUGAAAUACACAGAAAACUUUGGUUAUAUUCAGACAAAAUCUGAAAAAGUUUUUUAAAACUCUUUUAAUGCAAUUAAAGUGCCUUGAAUUGCAUACAUUUUUUCACAUACCCUCCUGAGUUUACACUAUCCAUGGAAGGUGGAGUAGGAAUGAUGCUGCGGUUUACGCACUGAGCAUCUUUCAAGGCUCCACCUGUAGGUGGAGCUGUUGUUCUGCUGAGCUGUGUGUGCAGACUCCAGGUCUCCCCCAGCUGAGUGUGAUCCAGGUUUGUUCACAGUGAGGGGGAGCAGACAAAGGGGUGGGGUGCGUGUGUGACAUUUAAUCAUGCCUCCGGCACAUGCUGCAUGAUUAGCAUCUCGGUGGAAAACAACAGUCACAGUGGCCAAAUAGCAGAUCUCACACAAUCACGCAAACUCCGGGUGAGGCGCAGGUAAUCAGUGCAGAUCAGCUCCUGCAGCUCACAGUGCUUCCUUAACAACCACAAUAACACAGAGGAGCCAAAAAUAUGGGUAGUUUAUAUAAACGAGUCCUAUUUUUAGCGUUUUCCUGCCAAAUCUUGGUCAGAUCUUCUGGUUCACCCAUAAAUCUAGGAGUUAUUGUGUAUUUAAACACUAUCUGAAGCAAAUGAAAAAUGUAUUGGAGAUACAUCAGGAGAGUGAAUAUCGACCAGCUUCAGGAAGGUGUUUACAAGAAAAACAAUGAUCCUGAAUGAUCUUAAUCUUAUGUUCUGUUACAUUUAUUGUUUAUUUUUUAACCCCCAUAUUGUCACCUUCCCAAAAUAACGGCCUAAGCUUCUUCUUUUUCUUUCAAAUGUGAUUAUUGUUAACAAAUAACAUCAUUUGUAUUGUCAAAAAUUAUUUAGGCAAAAACAAAUCACAAAAACAAUUUUCUGGCAAAUUAUUUUAGGAAGGUGACAAUGUGGAAAAACCCACAAUUGAUAUAAGACAAUAUAAUUAUACAUAUUAUACAUUUCAUUAUAGUAAUAUUCAUUUGUUCUGAUCUAUGUUUUAUGUUUGUAUUUGUCUAUUUUUGUCAUUAUAUUGAACGUCUGAAGUGAUCUAUGUAUGUUUUGUAUUUUUAGCUGUUUAUGUUGAAUGUGUGAACCUCAGGAGAAGUAGAUGCAGGGAACGUCAACUAAUGUGGAUCCGAAUAAAAGAAAUAAAGACAUCUUGUGUCAAUGUAACACUUGAAGCAUUA